AUGGCCAAAUGGAGUCACCUACUGACAGGAUUAAUGUCAAUAUCUUAUAUAGCCACUGCAACAGCCCAAACAUGUCAGUCAUCACCACUAACAUUGCCGGCGACUGAAGAGCUUCAGACUCUUACGUCACCCAGCUACCCUUCGUCCUACCCUCCAUCUAGGAAUUGUAAGUGGUGGCUUGAUGCUGGAGAUGCUGAUCACUUGGUGUUUAUAGACAUAACAGCACACUCGAUAGAGUUUGCCCCAGGAUGUUCGUAUGAUGGACUCUUUGUCUAUGACGGACAACAAACAAGAUUGUUGAAGGCAGUAUGUGGAUCAAAAACUCAUAGAGCCAUCGACUUGUACAGAUCUACUGGUCAGUACGCUACGAUUUGGUUUCGUUCCGACUCCAGUGUCCAGCUUCAGGGCGCCACACUUCGAUACUUCAGAUACCCGACAUCCAUUAGCAGUGUAUGUCCAACAAACAUGGCCCUGAACGCGACUACUGAAAUACAAUACCUGUACUCCCCGGGAUUUCCACAACUACAAGACGUUGAUGCACAGUGCUCCUGGCUCAUCACUGCAGUAUCGCCAACAGAUGAUAUUAUCCUAGAAGUACUAUACUCAAACAUGGUGUCAGGGGAAGUGUGUUUCACAGACAUACUCCGGAUUUACGACGGCGCGGAUGACACAGCACCAGAAUUGGCAGAGGUCUGUUCCGACAAGGUGAACUUCGUCAGUGUCAUUGUCAUAUCUUCAGCAGAUAAAAUGUUCCUAAAACUUUCCACCACCUUUGCCCUUACUUCUCGAACUGGGUUUGCUGUGUCGUACAACUCUACAUUUAGGGGUCGGACAUUGGCUGCUACUACUACCGUACCGUCCAUCCCGACCUACUCAGUGUGUAGCGAAGAUCGGGUUUCAGCCUCUUCCUCCCUAACGCAAGUCACCUCACCAAAUUAUCCGAACCUUUAUGGAAAUUUCCUGAACUGUUACCUGGUCAUCGAGGCACCGGCAGGCGAGCAGAUUCAUCUAAAUCUUGUCGACUCUUCAAUUCAGAGCAGUAUUGGCUGCUCGAACGAUGGAUUGGCUAUUUAUGAUGGUCCAUCGUCUAGUUCGGUACGGCUAGGCUUGUUUUGUGGUGAGGAUUUGUCUGCAAGUAUCAACAGUUCAGGUUCCAGUCUCACCUUAUUUUUCUACGGGGAUGGCUCUAGUACAAACAGAGGAUUCAAGGUGCAAUUCACCUCAGCGCCUCACGAGCUCCCUAGUUGUAUUGACUCAAGUGUCAACAUCAUGUAUCUCAACGCGACGUCAACUGUUCAGUACAUCACUUCUCCCAACUAUCCGGCGGAUUACAAUUUAAAUGAGAAUCUAUACUGGAUGAUCUACGAUGCGACAGAAUCUGGAAUCAUCAAGAUCGAUGUUGUUGAUUCUAGAAUUGAAGCUAGCUAUCAUUGUGUGUUUGACAAAGUCACAAUCUACAAAGGACCAUGUACGUCAUACCCCCAGCUAGGGACAUUUUGUGGAGAGGAAAAGGGAACGUAUUAUCAGGACGGUGGUGAUUAUGCCUUUAUAGCCUUCACUUCAGAUCAGAAUGUUGCAUUCAAAGGAUUCAACAUCUCAUAUGUGCUUGUAACAUCAACCCCUCCAGAGGUGACAGACUACACAUUGCUAAUACGCGCGAUCGUUGGAGGUGUAUUAGGCGCCCUAGCAUUGGCUGGCUUGAUAUUUUUGAUAGUGAAGAUGGUCCAUGUGUGGCGUGCGACUGCCCCAAUUGACACGAUAAAGAGAAGGUCUUCUACCAGCAGCAACACGUCGGCAUUUGUCCGAACGACAAAUGCGCUCACAGCACUAUCCACUUUGAGGAUGCCACUACUAAAAUCAACAGCGAAACCUAAAAAACCUAAGCUGCCCAAACUUCGCCGUUGA